ACUUCAGUCGAAGUAGAAUGCUCCCUGAGCGCUGUGCACCUAGCGCGGAAUAGUCAGCGAUGACCCCUGAAUCUCGCUUAUCGCUCUCUCUCUCUCGCAACAGGGGGAAUUCCCUUGUGGACGUGGCCCAGCCCAUACGGCUGAGGUUUGCGUUUGGAGCCGUUUGCGAGAUCAUUUCAAGUUUGCGGUUCGGUACGGAAGAGUGGAUUUUGCUUGCAACUCGUCUCGGUUUGAUCUAAAAGAAAUGGGAAGAGUCGGUUUGCUGUGUGUUUUGUGGAUUUGGUCCAUCAUCGGAGUGGCAUCUGCAAGAGAGGUGAUCAACUGCUUGGAUGGCAAUAAAUGUACUGAUGUACAUGUAGUUGUUCAAGGACCGCAGGAUGUCGCUGCUGUUAUGCGUAGUCAUGCAAACUCAAGGAAAGUGGACUUUCAUGGAAAUCUAUUAUCACAGUUUAUCGAUAGUUACGCUCAAAGUCCCUUGGUUCGAUGGGAAAAGUUAAACAUUUCCUAUAAUUUGCUCGAGGAUGAUUUUUUUGUAAAAUUGCAAAGCCCUCAACUCAAAUCUGUCGAUAUAACGUACAAUUUGUUAACAACUGUUACAGUACCCCCUUCAGUAGUAGAGUUCAUAGCCGAAAGAAAUAAUUUAACCAGUAUCACAAUCAGUUCGAGAAUAUUGGAGAGGUUAAUUCUACCGAAGAACAAACUGGACUCAUUAAGACAAUUCAAAAAUCUACCGCGGUUGACAGAGCUAGACUUAUCAUGUAAUCAACUGGAAAAACUUAACUUGGAUGAGCUUUCGUCAAUGCCGAGCCUUACCUCUCUAAACAUGGCGAACAACCGAAUCCACAUUGUCGAAGGUAACCGGCAAUUUGCAUCACUGCAGUAUCUAGACUUGUCCAGUAAUUUACUGACAAUGGUCGAUGAGCCAUUUGCGAGUUUUCCAAUUAUCAAACACCUGUACCUUCAGAACAACAAAAUUGUCAUGUGGGUCAAAGAAUUUCCCGUACCGAGAAGUCUACAGAUAAUUAACAUACAUAACAAUGAUUGGGAAUGUGGCAAUGUGAAUACUCUUAAACAAAAAAUCGCGAAUAAAAUAGUCCAAGGAUCAGAAAAUGUUGCCUGCACACCCGCAGAUUCUCCUUAUGCCGAUCGAGUGAUCAAGUACCGGAAGCAGGAGUUCUAUGCCCUUAAGACAGGAGCAGCGCAGCGAGAUGGCAAUAUUUCGUGUGAAUCGUACAAGCCCAAUCCAUGCGACGGGGAUGACAACCGAGUCUAUGAGGUGGCCAGAUCGGCAAUGAAUAGCGUUGAAAAUUUUGCUAAGCAAAGCAUGCAACAACUUCAGGGUGAAUUAGUGCGUCAGCACAAUUAUAUAACUUCAAUCCAACAGCAAAUUGUAACAGAACAACAGAAAUACGACCAGCUCAACCGUGAAAACUCUGAUUUGGUAAACUACAUCGAUAAUGAGUAUAAGGACGCACGACUCAGCGGCAAGAGUGAUGCAGCUACUCAGUUGAAUGAAAUAUUCGAACAUUAUGAGCGAGAGAACGCAAAACUGAAGAGCGAAAUUAAAGCCGAGGAACUUAGAAAUGCGGACAAGUUGAAUGAAUUAACGACAGUCGAGAAUGACAUAGAGGAUUUGGAAUACCAGAAGAACAACUUGCUUAAGGAGCUAGACCUGCGAAACAGUACUGUGAUGGGCUACCAAGCUAAAAUCGACGAAUUAAAGUUGAAACUCCAGAAAGUACCAUCUUCAUGAGUAAUGACUCAUCGAUAUAAUUUGUAAUGAUCAUGCUGGAACAAUAAACAUUCAUCGCAGAUCGACGGUGGAAUUGUAUAUGUAGCACUGACUUUGUUUUAUUUGAUGCGAUUAUUCAUUCGUUGAUAUAUUUGCUAGCAAAAUAAAUACUCACAGUGAUUGAAGACCACUUCCAUUGAA